CGCUUUUACCAACUUCCGGGCUCCAGUCACCUGACCCAGUUCCCGUCACAUGACCGUGUUGCACUUGUCAGCUGUGUGUCUAUGCAGAGAGGUCACGGGGAGCGGUGUAGGAUUGCGCUAUCUGUCCGCUCCGGUACCGAGCCCGUAGAGGAGGACACAUUUAUCUCUACCAAGUUCUCCCUCACCAGCAUUGCACAAUCCAGAGACUCCUGUUUGUUACUUGUUAAAGGAACAGAAACGUGAAGAUGGACAUCCGAGGCGCUGUAGAUGCUGCUGUUCCAACAAACAUUAUUGCAGCCAAGGCUGCCGAGGUUCGCGCUAACAAAGUGAACUGGCAGUCGUAUCUACAAGGUCAGAUGAUUUCAGGAGAAGACUGUGAAUUUAUCCUGAGGUUUGAAAAGUCCAGUUCGGAGGAGAAAAAAGCCAUAUUAACCAAUGAAGGCAAUCAGUGCGCUAAAACCUUCAUCAACUUGAUGACGCACAUCUCCAAGGAGCAAACAGUACAGUACAUUUUAACUAUGGUCGAUGAUAUGCUACAGGAAAAUCAUCAGCGCGUCAGUAUAUUUUUUGACUACGCCCGCCGUGGGAAAAACACAGCAUGGUCCUACUUUUUACCAAUGUUAAAUCGCCAGGAUCUGUUUACUGUCCAUAUGGCCGCACGUAUAAUUGCUAAAUUGGCAGCCUGGGGAAGAGAAUUGAUGGAAGGCAGUGAUCUGAAUUACUACUUCAACUGGAUUAAAACUCAGCUGAGCUCACAGAAAUUACGAGGAAGUGGAGGAGCUAUGGAAACGGGAACAGUUUCUCCAAGUGAUAGCUCCCAGUACGUGCAGUGUGUUGCUGGAUGCCUUCAGCUGAUGCUUAGGGUUAAUGAGUAUCGUUUCGCGUGGGUGGAAGCAGAUGGUGUCAACUGUAUAAUGUCUGUACUGAGUAACAAAUGUGGAUUCCAGCUUCAGUAUCAAAUGAUCUUCUCCAUCUGGCUGCUUGCCUUCAGUCCACAAAUGUGUGAAUACCUGAGAAGGUAUAACAUUGUGCCAGUGUUGUCUGAUAUCCUCCAAGAGUCAGUGAAAGAGAAAGUGACAAGAAUCAUCCUUGCCGCUUUCAAGAACCUGCUAGAAAAAUCUACUGAAAGAGAAAGCCGUCAGGAGUAUGCAUUAGCCAUGAUCCAGUGCAAAGUUCUGAAGCAACUGGAAAACUUGGAGCAGCAGAAAUAUGAUGAUGAGGAUAUAGUUGAAGAUAUCAAAUUCCUUUUGGAAAAACUGGGAGAAAGUGUGCAAGACUUAAGCUCCUUUGAUGAGUACAGUUCUGAGCUGAAGUCUGGAAGAUUGGAAUGGAGCCCAGUGCACAAAUCUGAGAAGUUUUGGAGAGAGAACGCUGCAAGACUAAACGAAAAAAACUACGAGCUCUUGAAAAUACUAACAAAGCUUCUGGAAGUCUCCGAUGACCCACAGGUCCUUGCAGUGGCUGCUCAUGAUGUCGGAGAAUAUGUACGACAUUACCCAAGAGGAAAGAGGGUGAUUGAGCAGUUGGGUGGGAAGCAGCUAGUAAUGAACCACAUGCAUCAUGAAGACCAACAGGUUCGCUACAAUGCUUUGCUGGCAGUGCAGAAAUUGAUGGUCCAUAAUUGGGAAUAUCUGGGAAAACAGCUGCAAUCAGAACAACCCCCAGCAGUGACAGCCAGAAGUUAAAUAUAUCAUUGAUGUGCGGGCGCGUACACGCUUUGCUACUGUAUCUCCAAUCCAUAUUAUCUUGUUUGGUUGUUUUUUUUAUUUUUAUUUCUGUGUUGUUUGUACUCCUUGCCCACUAAAAUCCAUGUUUUAAUGAAGUAUAAAUGUGAAACAGUUUUUCAUGUGUUGCAAUUCACCACGACAUGGUAUCUGAAAGGACUACGCGGCGGUUUUAGCAGGCUUUAGGUACGGAAUUGAAGAGGAGUGAUCAGUAUGUAGUCUGGCUAAUUUAUUACAUAAAAAUACAAUUAAAUGAUACAUUCCGAAAAC